UUAGGCUACUUUCAAUUUUGUUAUACAGAAAGCGAAAGGAUUGCUCAGAUCGAACGAUUCACUUGGCCGACGCAUUGCUGUACAGGAUGUCGGUGACGUUCUUUGGCUGGGACGUGGUGUACGAUGACAACACCCUGGUGUUGGAACUGGGGGCGGAGCAGGAGCCUCAAAAGGGGGAUGCUUACACUAUGUACCAUGGCACCAAUGUCCAGACUGCUCGGCUCAUCAUCACCAAUGGCUUCCGCCAGUCCCCUGAUGGCAUGUUGGGCCCCGGUGUGUACGUGAGCCGCAACCAGCAAAAGGCAGCGCGCUACCCGCUAAAAGCCCCCCCCUCCGACCGCGUGGUGCUGCAGCUGCGUGUUAACACUGGCCGCGUGAAACGCAUCGACAAAGACAACCACCCUAUGCAGAAGAGCUGGAACGCAGCAGGGUACGACACCGCGUGGGUUCCCCCCAACUGUGGCAUGCAAUCCGUGCCCAGCGGCCUGGAGGAGGACUGUGUAUUUGACCCCCAGCGUGUCGUGGUCACUAGCAUCGCCAAGGCGCCCAACCCCACCAUCAUGGCUGAGCUAAUGCAGUUGGUUUCACAGAAGCGGGCUGCGACUGGAAGGGGUGGAGACAUACAGGUUGCGGUGGCUGGGGGUGUGUGUACCCUGUGCAGGAGGAAAACCACACCAGAUCACACACAUACGCUGCACCCGUGCUGGGGCUGCGGACAGAACAUCUGCACCCUCAUGACCAAACACACCUGCUCUGCCAGUGCCUGACGGGGGGAAUUUUUCAUAGGGCAGUGAUGUGUCAUGGUCUAAUAGUCUUCGGUGGUGUGUUAUUGCAUACACGUGUCUCAGGGACCUAAUAUUUUUUUCUCCUGUAAAAUAUAUGCUGUACAUCAUGUGGCCAGAAUGUAUCUCCUGAACAAACCUUUUAUCUCCACAUGUAGGCUUAUGUUGCAUGUGGCUGAUUAUGGUGUGCUAUUUUGGUGCACAAUGAUGUGCCAGAGGGGAUCAACGAAGACACAUAGCAUGUUCUUGUACAGUACCAGUCAAAAGUUUGGACACACCUACUCAUUCCAGGGUUUUUCUUUAUUUUUAUUAUUUUCUACAUUGCAGAAUAAUAGUGAAGAGUGUU